AUGAAAGUAUUCAUCACAUUGACUCUCUUGUAUUUGACAAUAGCCAACUAAGGGAUAUUAUCGACAGUUGGUGAUCAAGUACAUCCAUUCUAAUCAGUGAUUGUAGCAUUAUCAGAAGUAGCAUCUAAAGACUUUAAUUUCUAAGAAUUGUUUGUUGCUCUAGAUGAAUUGGCUGAAUCUUUUAAAGAAAGAAAGGUUGAGGAAAAUGCUUUCUAUGAACAAGAAUAUCAACAAUAUCAAGCAGAUGUACAAUACUACUAAAAUUAAAUUACAGACUUUAAGAACAAGAUUGCCUAAUUAGAGGUUGAUGUCAAGGAUUUGACUGAUGAAAGAGCUAGAUUGUAAUAACUUUUGACUGAAGCCAAGUAAGAUCUUUAUGAUGCUACAAAAUUAUUUAAUGCAAAGGAAGCUCAAAUCAACUCAGAUAAAUCUAUAUUUACUAGAUAAUUCAAUGAAUAUGCAGAUACAAUUGCUGUAUUAGAUUAAGCUAUUGCAUUGUUAAAGGAAGUAAAAGAUGAGACAUCCUUGUUAUAAAAAUCAGACAACAUCAAAGAGAUCUCAUCAAAGAUGCACACCCAUCUCAAAUAACUCUCCUCCAAGAGAGUCUUCUAUUAGCCAUUAGUAAAGGCACUCACUUAAAUUGCCUAAAAUAACUAUGUUGAUUAAGAGAAUCUCAACAAGGUUAUCAAUUAUAUGAAUUAAUUGAGACAAUCCUUAAUCGAUGGAUAAACAUCUUUAUAAAAUCAGUUUGAUGCCUAAUCCAAAUUACAAUAAGACAUUUUAUCAGAAAUUCAAGCCAAAAUAACUGGAAUUAGAGAUGUCUUGAUUCCUUUGUUGUAAACUGAAAUUGAGACCAAGGAUGGUGAAAUUAAGGCACUUAAUGCAAUUCUUAAUGAUGCAAGACUUAAUUUGAGUGAAGCUGAAGACAAUCUCACUGCAACUUAAAAUAGAUGGAUUGAAAGAACUGCUUCACAUAACUCCUUAAUUCAAUAAUAUGAUAAUGAACUCUUAGCCAUCAAAGAUGCUGAAAAUGCCUUAAAAAAAGGAGGUAUAUUUAGAUAAUGAUAAACAAAAUUAUUCACCUAAAAAUAUUCAUAUAUUUAUUAAUAAAUUUCGUUAAAA